AUGGGGAAUGAUCACCCGUUUACAAAUCUGAUUCAAAGUGGAGACAGUUUGGAGAAUUCAACAGCCAAAGACAGACCCACAUGCCGUAACUGCUCUGACGACUGCACCGGCAACAUUUUGGAAGACAUUCUCAGCGAAAGACUUCUUACUUCCGGAUAUUUCUCUCCGCGGUCAUCCAAUAUCAAGCCCACAGGGAAAUGUAGUCAUGGAGGCAAUAAGGACACCACGACCCACACAGAUGCCACCGGUGGAAUAAACAAGGACAGUGUGAACUCCAGUCACGGACACCUCCAUGAAAGAGCCGCUCGAGUCGCUACGGAGGCUUCUAUCGAACUCCUGGACGACGUACACGCAGCAGUCGGGCAUAAAAACUUCUUACGGAUGAUGGGAGUUGGUUUGGGCAAAGCCAUCAUCUUUGUGAUUGACACAACACAAAGCAUGUUUUUCGACAUUGACUUUAUCCGGUUAGUCACAAUUAUGACAAUACAGCAGCUGGAGGGGACUGAGAAUGAGCCUUCUGUUUACAUCCUGGUGCCUUUUAACGACCCCGGGAUGAAGAAGGAAGAGGAAGGGGAAGAAGAAGGAAGAAGAAAGAAAAGGGAAGAAGAGGAAAGAAGAAGAAGGAAGAGGAGGAGGAAGAAGAAGAAGGGGAAGAAGGGGAAGAAGAAGAAGGGGAAGAAGGGGAAGAAGAGGAAGAAGGGGAAGAUGAGGAAUAAGAGGAAGAAGGGGAAGAAGAGGAAGAAGAGGAAGAAGGGGAAGAAGAGGAAGAAGGGGAAGAAGAGGAAGAAGUGA